AGUAUGCGAAAUACAGUGUUCCCUUCUUCUGUCUAUGAAUAUGCAGCAACGGUAAUCAAACAUCGUCCGGCGUACGGUCUGCUGUGGGAGAUGUAGCCUCGACUUUGACAUGCACAUCAUACACCAUGGUCAUCCCGGACAUCAUGGGCCUAGCUCGUUGGUCCCAGACAGAUGUUUGCAUGAUUUACGACCUUUCUACAGUACCGUAGUCAUUGACAGCGACAUCACCAACUAUCCAGAGCAUUCUGCAGAAGAUGUGGGUGCCCCGAUGCCGUACGACGAUUUUAGUCUGGAGAAGUAUACGUAUGACUACAUCAUAGUUGGUGGGGGUACUGCUGGAUGUUGUAUUGCCUCGCGACUGUCCGAGAUACCAGGAGCAACCGUUCUUGUUAUUGAACGUGGACCUCUGGCGGAUACUUGGACUUCGCGAGUUCCUCUCAUUUCGUCCAAUUCACAGAGGGCUGGAGCACCAUGCGCCAUAUUUCCCGCCAUGCCUCUCGCUCAUGCCGACAAUCGUGUCCUCCAACUCGUACAGGGCGAAGGGCUAGGUGGUGGCUCUCGAGUCAAUGCGUGUUUAUAUACGCGUGGCAGUAAGGGGGAUUGGGAUAGUUGGGGGCGCCCCGGCUGGACGUAUGACGAUUUGCUUCCCUACUUCGUCAAGUCCGAGCACACUUUGAGUCAUUCCGAAUCGAACUUCAGAGGAAAGAAAGGUCCAUGGGAGAACCAGUCACUUAGCGAGAUUCCCUUAAAUAUUGUGCGACAGGCUAGAGAUGUUGCACAAGCGCAUGGCAUUCCUUUCAUUCCUGAUAUCAAUGCCCCGGAUGCUCCUGCUGUCGCCUCCGUUUCGCUGGAUGUUACCAUCAAUCGACGCAUGGAGCGUGCGUCAAGUGCUUCUGCUUUCCUCCCCAGGAAACUCGCUUUGGAACGAAAGGCUUUCCUGAAGAUAUGUACGAACACUCUUGUGCGGAAGAUCGAUGUCACGAACGGGUCCGACGGCCUUCAGGCUCGUGGAAUUUUUUUCCAAGCCAGUGCAGGAAAUGGCGGGGUUUACUACGCACGCGCACGAAAGGAGAUCAUUCUUUCCGCGGGCGCUAUUGCUUCGCCCCAACUUCUUUUGCUCAGUGGAAUCGGACCUCAUUCCUACCUGGAAAAGGAGGGCGUCGAGGUUGUUCACGACCUGGAGGGCGUUGGGAAUUACCUGCAAGACCACGUUGGGCUAUCCAUGAGCUACCAGGUCCCCAUGCACGAUUCCCUCCAUGUCUUACUCAACAGUCCAAUCCGUGCUAUUACCGAGGUGCUCAAGUAUCUUAUCUUCCGUACUGGCACAUUUGCUUCUCCUGUCGUGCAAGUGGUGAUGUUUCUGCGCAGUGCGCUAAUUGGCGGCGAUGGCCAUGUGAACACAACCCGACCGGCCGAACUUGACUCGAGCGAUCCUAGCAACAUUCCCGACAUAGAAAUCCUACUAUGCCCUGUACGCAGCGCGGAUGGUACUACCAACGAAUUGGACAAAGUAGGAGUAUUUUCGUUCAUACCGACCCUCAUCAAGCCGAAAUCUAGGGGAAACGUUCGACUCGCCUCCACAGAUCCUCGAGAGCGUGCUCGAGUCGAUCUUAAUUUCCUCAGUCACCCAGAUGACCUCGAUACUCUCCGCUCAGCAGCAAAGUUCGUACGACGCCUUGCGAAUGAUAUCCGUGAGCAGGGCUAUCCCAUGCAAGACUUACCAAGUAGUUGGAACCACAACGAUUCAGACCUUGAUCAAUUCAUACUGUCGCACAUUCGCACUGCUCUGCAUUACACAUCGACUUGCAGGAUGGCGCCGUUAUCGGACCUUCAUCCUGGAGUGGUAGAUGAUGAACUCAGAGUCCACGGUAUUCGUAACCUCAGGGUUUGCGAUGCCUCCAUUUUCCCAGAGAUUAUAGCCUCUCAUACGAUGGCCCCAGUGGUUGUGGUUGCCGAGAAGUGUGCGGAUUUGAUCAAGGCGGCCUUGUAAAGGUCUUGAUUUUGGAAGCCUACAGCGGUGCGCUAUGGACUGUAAUGUGUAGACUCGUGCUUUCAUCGGGUCAUUCUCCCGUUACAAGAUCACCUUGUCGUUAUUGAUUCAGACAUUCCACACUCUCACCCCGAGCUACCGAAUUUGUAUUUUCUCAUCUGCAUCAGUUCUUCACUUCCGUGGUGAUUUGCCGGCGCUGUACAGUAUAAAGGUUUCGGAGUGUGUUUUUCUGUCUUUGGAGCACUCGUUCAAUUUGGACUUUUGUUUUCGCCUUUCGGGGCUUCGGCAUCUUCAAGUUCUUUCCAAGUGGUCUGUUCUUUCGGAAGACCGAAGACAAAAUACUCCCCAGGCGAAAGGCUGGGACCCAACAUGAGGAAUCGGU